AUGGCUGCGCCCAUUGAGAAAGUUACGAAUUCACUAAAUAUACAACUGAAGCCUCAACAGCUGGACAUUUUGCAGUGUCUGCUUGAUAGGAAGGACUGCAUGGCAGUUUUACCGACUGGCUUCGGUAAAUCAUUACCUUAUCAACUACUUCCGUUGGUACAACGAGAAAUCGGCCACACUGGGAUUGUACUUGUUUGUUGUCCCCUUGUUUCUUUGAUGAAAGAUCAGGUUGAGAGAAUAAAUGCAAUUAAAGGUGUAACGGCCGCAUAUAAAGGUCAAGGUCUAGAUAAAGAGAUUUUGAGUGGCGAGGUAGACAUCAUAUUUGGAAGUCCGGAGUCACUGUUAGGUGAAUGGCGGGCUGAACUACAGCAACUCAAUGUCACUGCAAUUGUUAUAGAUGAAUUUCAUUUAAUAUCAACGUGGGGACAAGAUGAUGAACAUAUUCACAAGAGAGCAUUUAGGAAAUGGUUUGGUGAUCUUGGAGAAUUACGUUCCAUCUUUCCAAAUGCGUCACUGCUUGCCCUUAGUGCCACUUGCACACUGAAAGUACAGAAACGUGUGUUGAAAGUGGUAUCCUUUAAGCCAGAUUUUACAUUUGUGUACUUGUCACCGGACAAAAGAAACAUCAAGUAUGUUGUAAAGAAAGUGGCAAAUGACAUUGAAAUGGCAAUGACAUGGUUAGUGGAUGGACUGGUGAACAUGGGAAGUCUAUUUCCAAGAACACUAAUUUAUUGUAAAUCAAUUAGUGAUGUGGCAAAGAUUUACGAUUAUGUGUCAGACGAAUUGCCAGAGGACUUGUGCUCAUAUAUAGCUAUGUAUCAUUCAGAGACUGAAGAAUCUAUCAAAGAGACUGUGUUAUUGUCCAUUCGGGAGAAAGAGAGCCCUAUAAGAGUUAUUGUUUCCACUAAUGCUUUGGGUAUGGGGGUGGAUUUUAAAGAUCUACACAGCAUUAUUUUAUUUGGUCCACCUCAUUCUAUACUUGAAGUGGUGCAGGAAAUUGGACGUGCUGGGAGAGAUGGUGAAAAGUCUGUGUCUUUGCUACUUUAUAAUUCCCAUCACCUUGCCCGAUGUGGCCCAGAAGUAAAGAAACUCUUUAAGAGCAAUGACUGCCGAAGAAUACAGAUGAUGGAAUCAUUUCUUAAGGAAAGUGAACUUGAUAAAGUAAAAUCUUAUGCAGGAAAUUGUUCAUGCUGUGACGUAUGUCAGAACAACUGUUUAUGUGGGGAUUGUUCUCAACUGCCAUUGGAGAAAUUGUUUUUAGGGAAUCAUGUAACUUUUCCCAAUGAUCAUGAAACUUCAGAAGAUUCUGAUUCUUGAGAAUAAUUCUUCUCGACAUGGGGAUAACAAGAAUUCUGUGAGCACCAAUUAUGGCCCAGCUCUGAUUUGAAUAUACACUUUCAUGUUAAUAUACAAAAGUUCUUUUAAAGAAAUAUUGGCAUGGACAGAUGCAGGGAUAAACAGGAAGUUGACAUCAAAUUCAAACAAAAAUGAAUCCCAUCAUAUGGCAUGCUUAAAAAAAGAGCGUGCUAAAAUUUCAGGCAUCUGCGAAGAGUAACUGCUGAGAAAACCUGUGAAAAUUUGUUAAGACAGACACAAACAUAAACGCACAAG